AUGGCUCCAUGCCGAGCAGUUUCACGCAAAUUGACUUCGAUACCAUCCGAUGUAGUCUUUCCCUUCCUUGCACCGUCUAUCCAACCACCAAAAUGCCUGCCCUACGCCCAUAUUGCCGGAUUCUCGACAUCACUGGCACUACAGAAAAGAGACAACAACCGGAAUCGCGGAGUGUCUGUGAAGAGGCAUACGGGUCUACGACCGCGGCAGACAUUGUCCGUGAGGAACGUGCCCUUGCCAAAGCCAGUCUUAGACCCAAGCAACAAAAACGCCAUCAUUGGCGACGAAAACCACGGCCUUUGGGGGUUCUUUAAGGAUAAGAAGCUGCUGAUGACUCCGAACGAGAACUGGGCUCACGGCAGAGCCUGGACAGCACAGGAGUUGCAUGCGAAGUCCUGGGACGAUCUGCACGCGCUGUGGUGGGUGUGCGUGAAGGAGCGCAACCGCUUAACGACGGAGAAUGCUACGCUCAAGCGUCAGGACGUCGGCUAUGGCGAGUGGGAAAUCGAGGGCCGGGAUAAGGUGGUAGUCAAAACGAUGAAAGCUAUUCGAGAAGCUCUGAUUGAAAGGUGGAAUGCAUGGGAAGAUGCAAGAAAGCUCGCCGAGGACGACCCUGAGAUCAAUCUCGAGGCGGAUACAGCCAAAGGCGAGCAAGUCUACACCGCUUCCCUCUAUGAGACUAGCGAGUUUGAGGAGGAAGUUCGCGACGGAACGGAGAAGCAAGACAACAAGCAGUUACCAUCGACGUUCUACAACACAACAGACACUCCUCCGGACCUCAAGGAAAGGAUCAAACAGAAGCUGUUCAACAAAAAGUAG